CUAUUUUUUUUUAAUAUUACUCUUAAUAACCAUCAGCAACAAUGGAUCAAAAGAAGAAAAACCCAAUCGACCCUAAAGACAAAGUAUUUUAAUUAAGAGGUUCUGCAAAACCAAGAACAUCCUACUUCGUUUCCAAGAUCUUUUUGAAGAAAUUUGAUGAAGUUGAAAUUCAUGCUCUUGGAGAUGCUAUUUCAGGAGCUGUUAGAUGUGCUGAAACUCUUUAGAGACAGGGUUAUAAAUAUUUCUUAUUUUAUUAGGUCUUGCUACAAUCUAAAAGAUUGAAACUUUAACAUAGUAACUAGAAAAUAGAUAAAAAGUUAAAAUUAUUGUGUCCCUUAAAGUAACACCCGAUGGAAAGAGAAGAAUUAAUGAAGAAAUUAAAUAAUGA